CAUGCCGUCGACAAGCGACGUCACAUCACACAUACGGGUCCUUCCAUAAUAUCUUCCCCCCAAAGGUUCUGCUGGAACACCAUCGCCAGAUUGUAUUGAAGCUCUGUGUCAGAAUGUCUUUGUUUGUGUUUUGCGCAUUGUUUGCCGUUUCCGUUGCCUACCCCGACGGAGCCCCGGAGUUGGGAUGCUACACAAGUCGCCCAAUGCACGAUGAAUUUCUUGGGCAAUGGACGCCAGCCCCGUACGUCCUUGAACUUAACCUGACCAAUGGCGCACGGACAUACUCGACCGGACAGUCAGUGGCAGUGACCUUGAAGGCCACGCACCCCGACUUCACGAUCCGUGGCUUCCUGGUGACUCUCCUGACGUCAAGCGGGAUCACUGGCGGCACCUGGAAGAACUUGACCUCGGACUCUAAGGUCAUCACGGACUGCGGGGUGACUCAGUCAGUGAGCAGAGGCAGGGACUCCGUCACCAUUGUCUGGGAGGCACCCACAGCUCAGGAGCUCGACCUUGAGACCAUCCAGUUUAAGGCCAUCGCCGUCCACAACUUCUCCGUCUACUGGGACCACAUCCUCUCACCGCCUCUCAAACCAGCCGUGGACUAUUCAAAACUACAGUUUCAGCAGCUUCUAGAUGAGCUGAAGAAGUUCUCUGACAUGGCAUCAAUUGGUAACUUUGGCUUUGACCUUAACGUCCCCUCUCCGUCCUCCUCGUCUUCAUCCUCUUCCUCGUCUUCUUCAUCCUCCUCCUCCUCCUCCUCCGGCAGGAACGGCAGUAACAGGAAGGCAAGGAAGCAGCCUAGGGAUUCUCGUAACCAUGGCAAGUCACAUGGUUCCAGAGCUUUCCGCUAGAACUCUUCAUGGCAAGACUGUAUCCUUGGUAAUAUUGAUUGUGGGGUUAAACUUGAUCUGCAAUGUUUCUGGCAGCACGAUUCUUCACACCACCGUGACGUUGCCAACACCUUACCUUUGUCAUUUGUAAUAAAAGGUUGCCACUU